AUGACAAGAACUCUUCUGACAGAAAAGAAGGAAGGAGAAGAAGCCACGGAAUGGCUCCAAAUCAAGGAAAAUAACUUCUCCUAUAGACCCAAUAUGAUUUGUAGUUUUUUGCAUGAAAAUGAAGCUGAAGAAGUUGUAAUUCCCACCUCAGAUAAAUCUUUCGAAUUGGAGGAGCAAGAUACUCAAAUGAAAGAUGAUUCAAACCUGGAUUAUGAACAGGGAAAACCAUCGAACUUGGAAAUGGAAGAUUCUGGUUCUCUUACUGCUCUGUCUUUUGAGACAGACACUUCUGUUUCUAUGGAAACUCAUGGUACUGCCUUAGAAAUCACCCCAAGAUGAAAUGUUUUCAUAAGACUCAUAACUUUUUAGAGUUUUUUGUGUUGAUUUAAUUUUAGGCCACACCUGGCAAUGCUCAGUAAUUACUCCUGGAGGCUUGGGG